CGCCGGGGCUGAAGGAGAGAGCGGGUUGUGCGGCGGGGCGGCCUGGCAUUCCCGCCUCCUCCUCCUUGUGGGCGCUGAUGGAGACGGCACGGCUUGCGGGAGGGCUCGUGGAGGGGAAAGGGAUCCGCAUCACCGGGUCGGAGCUGGUGGAAAACUACACGGUAUAUAUCAUAGAAGUGAAAGUUGGGAAUCACCAAUGGACAGUUAAACAUCGCUACAGUGAUUUUCAUGAGCUGCAUGAAAAGCUGACUGCAGGAAAAAAGAUAGAUAAAAAUCUGCUUCCACCAAAGAAGAUCAUUGGCAAAAAUUCCAAAUCGUUUGUAGAAAAAAGGCAGAAAGAGUUGGAAGUCUAUUUGCAAACUCUUCUGGCAAAGUUCCCUUAUGCUGCCCCAAAAGUUUUGUCACAUUUUCUGCACUUCGAUCUAUAUGAGAUAAAUGGCAUUACGGCUGCCCUUGCUGAGCAACUGUUUAACAAAGGUGAACAGUUGCUCUUAGCGGGCGAAGCAUUCUGUCUGAGACCACUGCAGUUGUAUGCAAUCACUCAGCAACUGAGACUGGCCAGUCCCACCUGUGCCAGUGGAGAUGCAAAGACUGAUCUUGGCCACGUCCUGGACUUUGCUUGUAGACUUAAAUAUUUGAAGAUCACAGGCACCAGAGGAUCUGUGGGUAACAGCAAUAUUCAGGAACAUCUCCUUAAUUUCGAUUUAUCAAUUUUCAAGUCUGUUCAUCAGAUUGAGAUAAGUAAUUGUGAAGCUGAACAAAUUAUUGGGCUUCCUUCCCUGAAGAACACAUUGGCUACAAUGACUGUGGCUUUUUCAACUGCUUCAAUGAAGGAUAUUCUUGUGCCAGAAGCUUCUGAAUUUGAACAUUGGGAGGUAGAAGGGAUGGCAUCUGAGCAUCCAGUUGCUGCUAUUAUCCCAAGAUGGAAUAUACUGACUACACUUGACAUGAGUCAUAAUCAAGUAUCUAACAUUGAUGAAUCUGUGAGACUAAUACCUAAAGUGGAAUUUCUGGACCUAAGUUACAAUGAAAUAACAGUUAUGGAGAAUUUACAGCAUCUUUAUAAUCUCAUUCAUUUGGAUUUAUCAUUCAACAAGCUUACGUUAUUGCAAGGUGUACAUACUAAACUUGGAAACAUCAAAACCUUGAAUUUGUCAGGAAACCAAUUGGAAAGUCUAACUGGGCUUAACAAACUUUAUUCAUUGGUUAACUUGGAUCUCAGCACCAAUAAAGUAUCACAGAUAGAAGAAAUCAAAAACAUUGGGAGCUUGCCGUGUCUGGAGAAGGUCGUUCUAAUUAACAACCCCUUGAGCAUCAUUCCUGAUUACAGAACAAAGGUGCUUGCACAAUUUGGAGAUCGUGCCUCAGAGGUCUGUCUGGACAAUACUGUUACAACGGGAAAAGAACUUGAUACAGUUGAGGUGCUGAAGGCAAUUCGGAAAGCCAAAGAAGCAAAGGAUCGAAUGAAUAGUACAGAUAAAAAAAUCAGUGAGGAAACUCGACUUGCUGCUCAAGGGUCCAAACCCAGCUACUCUUCUUAUGUUGCUUGUCCUUCUCCUCUGCUACACCAUGCUGCCAGCUCCAGCCAAGAAAUAAAUACUAAAUCAGCCCUACUCAUCAAUCUACAUCAAAGUGAGAGUUUGACUCCUAUGGCUUCGACAAUUACCCCAGGAGACUCUGAAACAACAAAUCUCAAUAAAAACAAGAGCAAGGUUCCAAACCCAGAGCUAAAAUCUAUGAAGAAACCACUUGAAGAUUCUGACUGCCUGCAAACAAGGCUUGGAUCGGCAGAUGCUAUUACUGGAGCUGAUGUGCUGAAGUCACAACACGAUCCUGAAGUGACUCUUGUGCUGCCUUUUUCGUGUGUGUCAUACAGUACCACCAAUGUUGACUUUGCUGCCCACUUAUCUGGAAUAAUUAAUCAAGCUAUAUUGAAACUACAUUGCACUGAGACCGUACUCGACCGCCAAGGAAAUCUUAUUAAUUAUCCUGUCUGCAGUAAUGAAGCUGGAUAUUUUGAAAUGGGUCCAGAUCAAGGUGAUUGUAUUUUGGGAUGUAGUUCAAACAUUGAUGUUGCCAAUAUUUCUGCAAAGCCAGAAGCUGAGAUCUUGAAGGUACUGUGGACCCUUUGUGUCCAGGUGAACAAGGGAUUAAAGUUGUUUAUAUCUUGCAUUGUGUUGACUGACAGUGCGGUAGCUGUAUUUCAGAUUCCUCACUCUGAACUCCGACGGAAAAUGCAGAAUGUCAUUUCUCAGAUGCAGCUUGUUCUCUGUCUUCCCUAUUCAGACAUCUUGGAAGUGUUCUUUGAAGUGCCAGAAAUGUGCCUUUCAAUGAAAAUUAAAAUGCAUGGUUGUUUCUUCUUUAUAUCUGAUUCGCAGAACCUCAAAGACUUUAGCUCGCAUUUAAAAGCUGUUUUGCAUAAGUGGUCUGCAUCUACAAGUUUGCCUCAGCUUGGUUAUGAAGAGCCCCUUCUGAAAGACUUCAUUGUUCAGCUUUUACAACAUCGGCAGCUUGCACUAAAUGACACUGGCAUUAAAGGGAGUUUUGCAGCAUAUAUUUUGAUUCAAGAUGACCUCAAACCAUGGGAUUGGUCAGAAGAGUUGCAACCUUCGGCUUCACACACUGAGGUGGUCAGUAGUACAGAAUUAAAGGACACGAAUAAUCUGCAUUCUGAAGUUUGUUCGGUAAUUCGUCCAGGGAAAGAAGAGCAUUCAAAACCUCUGUGUGUACCUUGUCUUCUGAUUUUGACAGCCCAGUAUCUUUAUUUCAUAAGAAUAGAUUUCUACAUAGCUGCAAAGAAGUGUCUUCAUCCUGAAGAGAUUGCAAGAUGUCCAUUUAAGUUAGAACAAAUUUCAUUAGCCACAUUGCUUUUGAAUCCAAAGCAAGGAUCCCGUACUGUUGAAACUGGGGCAUUUUGGGAUGGUCAUAUACUUGAAUUUUUGAUUGGAUACCAACUCACGACAGCAGUUUUUGUGCUACCCCAUGAGAAGUUCCACUUUCUGCGAAUGUUUAGUCAACUGAGAGGAAGCUUUCAGGGUGUCAAAUCAAUUGUAGUGCACAGAAGUUGUCCAGAUCGUUGCUACUUGACGAAGCAUAACACAGAUGCAACUGAUCACUCUCCAGAAACUAAAAGCAACCAGCCAAAAUUCAAAUCGGACUUGAGCCUUUCUCUACAGUAUCCUUCUGAGACAUUGCUGCAAAAACUGACUGAAGAGAACCAGUGUCCUUUUCAUCUUUCCACCUCCCCAUCACUCCAUUACCUGGCAGGUUUGAAAGGAAGAGCUAUUGUGGAAUGUUUUCACAAUAAUGUAGCUGAGGUUGAAAAUGAAGAGUUAAGGCACCUAAUUUGGUCUUCAGUCAUAUUUUACAAAAGUUCUGAGAUUGAAGUUACUGCCUGCGUAAUGCUCUCGACCAAAGCAUUAUACUUUGUGUUGGAUGACACCAUCGGUGAGGGCGCUGAACAAACUGGAUGUUGGAAAGAAAAGUCGUCUUCAAACUGUGAGCGGGAUGGUUUGCUGCUUUCCUUCUGCUUUGUCCUGAAAUUAAAUGAUUUGCAGUCCAUACACUUGGGCCUUUUCGAUCAGUAUUUUCGCAUCACUGGUACAUCUGCUGAACAAACAAUUGCUUGCCUGACCAGGGACAGUUAUACAACACAUACGUUUGUUCAGCAGUUGAUGGGUGUAUUAUCCUUGUUGGAACGAACACCUUCACCAGAGCCAGUAGAGCUAGACUUCUAUACAGAAUUUGGAAAGAAAAAUACAGGUCAAAUGGAAAAUUAUGAAAUUGUUCACUCCAGUCGAGUGAAGUUUAUUUAUCCCAGUGAAGAGGAGGUUGGUGAUCUGACAUUUAUGAUCGCAGAAAAUGUUCAAGAACUAAAUCUCCAGACAUCCAACAUCCUCUUGUAUGUUUUGGCAUUUCAAGUUGAGUCUCUGGAGAAUUCUUUACACUCCUGCAAACCACCUCUGCAGCCCAAAACAUUGAUUUUGACAAGCUACAACAUGCUUCUAUUUGAAGAAGAUUAUGUCAGCUAUCCAUUACCAGAGUUUGCAAAAGAACCACCACAGAGAGACAAAUACCAAUUAACUGACACAAGGAGAAUUCGUGAUCUGGAUCGAGUGCUCAUGGGUUACCAGACCUAUCCACAGGCCAUCACAUUUGUGUUUGAUGAUGUACAGAAUCAAGAUUUCAUAGGUAAUAUGAUGCUCGACCAUUUUGAACAUCCACUUAACGCCUGUUCUGCUGAUAGAAUAAAUCACUGUGGCACCAACAAUGAAGUUCAGUGGUGCCUCUUUGUAGCCAGUCCUGAGAGUCGUGAAAGGCUGAUUGCAUUGCUUGCUCGACAGUGGGAGCUGCUUUGCAGCAGAGAACUACCAGUUGAGCUUACAGGCUAAUAUUGUUGCCAAGCACGGCCUGCAAAUUAUAAACAUUGUACUUAUCAUUAAUGGUUAUAUGUACAGCACUCUUGGGGAACUUGUAAAUAUCAUGGGAGUCAGACCAGUUGUUUCUUUGAUGUCUAGGGCUUUUAAAAGUUUAUUUUUUACAUGAACAUAUACUUAUACUGAAGCAUCCUGCUAUAUUAUGCAAUGUAAACUGUACAGAAAAGGUCUUUAUUGCAUGUUACGCUUGUAUGUAUUGAAAUAUCAAAUAUAAUGUUUGUAUCUAAUGGACAGCUUUCUCUCGUAUGCUGCUAUAAUUUGAAAUAAAGUUGUUGGUCUUAGAUACUUUUUAAAAAAGAGGAACUUUACUGAAACUUAACUGUUUUUUUUAAUAUUAUUACAAUAUUUUCUCUCCUGUAAUUCUGUUUAACUUCAUCUGUCCACUCUGUACUCCAUCUGAACUGAUAAAUUAAAUCAAAGGCAUUCGGGUUGCUGUUAUUGCCUGCAAUGAACUG